ACAAGGACGAUGCUAGGUUGUCGGUCAGAAAUCUGUGAUUCUCAUGCUCAGAGUCCUGGGGCACAAUCAAUUUUCUUCUUCCGCAGUACGAGUGCUUUGACAUUCAAAACCGGUGUCAUUGUGGCGAUAGCGGAGUGGUUUGCCAAACCAGCCCCAAAUUGAGGCCCCACCAAAUCACCACUGAAAAAUAAAUCUCGACCCCUCCACUAUUCUCGUAUUUUCGCAAUCGCCUGUCCAGCCACGACGUCGCGACACAUCGCGAAGCGCAUCAACAACACCCGACCAGACCUUGCGCAUAAAACAGGAACCGAUUUUCACCAUGUCUCGGUUCUUCCGUGCCGGCGACGACAGCUCGUCAGAGAGCAGCACUGACGAGGAGGAGCUGUACUCCACCUCUGAGGAGGAAGAGGAGGAGGAGCAGGAGGAGCAGGAGUCCUCUGAGGAGGAGGAUGAGGAGGAAGAGUCCAGCGAUAAUGAAGCUGGGCCGGCAAAGAAAGGCUUAUCCCGCUUCUUAGUCGACCAAGCAGAAUCCGAGAGCGAGGAGAGCGAAGAGGAGGGCGCAACCAAGGUCAAGAGUGCCAAAGACAAGCGGUUUGACGAGCUCGAGGCAACAAUCACCGCCAUCCAGAACGGCCAAAAGAUCAACGAUUGGGGCUCUAUCGCGAAUGAAUUCGACAAGCUCAACCGUCAGGUCGUCAAGCUUCAAGAUGGCGGCAAGGCUCCUAAGUCGUACAUCAAGUGCAUCUCCGAGUUGGAGGACUUCUUGAAUGAGACCUUAGCGAAGCAGAAGGUCACACCCAAGAAAAUGAACGCCACCGCUGCCCGCGGUCUCAAUGCCGUCAAACAGCGCAUCAAGAAGAACAACAAGGAAUACCAGUCCCAGAUUGAUGCGUUCAGGAACGACAGGGAUGCCUUCAUGGAGUCGGACGAGGAGGUCGCCCCGCUACCGAAGCCUACCAAAGUCAGGUUCCAAGAGGCGCCGGCUGCAGACGAAGCGGCCGAGGAUGAGGACAAGGGCUUUGCUAGAGUCGACAAGCGUGGCAAGGCUAUUCCAUUCUCGCCCGAGAGCAUCCAGAAGCACCUCCGCACCAUCAUCGAGUCAAGAGGCAGGAAGAACACCGAUCGCAAUGAACAGAUCAGGAUUAUGGAAGAACUCAACAAGGUUGCUGAGACACCUUAUCUCAAGAUCCGAGUCCUGCAGACAUUGGUUUCGACUCGGUUCGAUCUUGGUGUUGGCACGGCGACCUCGAUGCCCUUGGAGCACUGGAAGGCUGCCGAGAGGGAAUUGUCCGCUUUGCUUUCGCUUCUCGAAACACACAAGGACCAUGUAGUGAUCGAGAACGCGGAGGAGUGGGAUGACGAUGACAAGACUCCUGUCCUGGGACCUGAUGACAAGUACAUCAAAGUACCCGGCAGCGUGGUUUCCUACAUCGAGCGCUUGGAUGACGAACUUGUUCGCUCGCUCCAGAACAUCGACCCUCACACCUCGGAGUACAUUGAAAGGUUGACCGACGAGGCGUCCCUGUACACCAUCAUCUUGCGGGGUCUUCUUUAUUACGAGACCAUCCAGAAGGACGCGUCCCUGGAGAUUCCGCAGGAGAGCUUGAACCGCAUCAUCCAGCGGCGCCUUGAUCACGUUUACUUCAAGCCGGCCCAAGUUGUUAGAAUUCUGGAAGAGAACUCUUGGAAGCAGGUUUCUAGCGGCAUCGAUUCUGCGAUUACUCCUCGCGGUCUUUCGGGCGACGCCAGCCAACUGAUUCAUACGCUGUGCAACUAUCUGUUCAACAACAGCGAGGGCAUCAUCCGUGCUCGUGCCAUGCUCUGCCAGAUCUACUUCUUAGCGUUGCAUAACGAGUACUACAGGGCCCGCGAUAUGAUGCUCACCUCGCAUUUGCAAGAGAACAUCGCCAACUUCGACGUUGCGACCCAAAUUCUCUACAACCGCACCCUGGUCCAAGUCGGCCUCUGCGCUUUCCGGAGAGGUUUGGUGUACGAUGCUCAGAACACUCUACAGGACAUCUGUGGCAGCGGACGCCAAAAGGAGCUUCUUGCUCAGGGUAUGAUGAUGCAGCGGUUCAGUCAAGUCAGCCCAGAGCAGGAGCGGCUUGAGAAGCAACGGCAGCUUCCCUUCCACAUGCACAUCAACCUAGAGCUUCUCGAGUGUGUUUACCUGACAUGCAGCAUGCUCCUCGAGAUUCCGCUCCUGGCACAGAUCGGCUCCUCGCCAGAUAUCAAGAAGCGCGUCAUCAGCAAGACGUACCGUCGCAUGCUUGAGUAUCACGAGAGGCAAAUCUUCACGGGCCCGCCCGAGAACACUCGAGACCACGUCAUGCAGGCGUCCAAGGCUUUGGCGGCUGGUGAAUGGAAGAAGGCAACCCAAUUCAUCCACAGCAUCAAGAUCUGGGAUUUGAUGCCCAGCGCCGAGGACAUCAAGGCGAUGCUUGCCAAGCAGAUACAAGAGGAGGGGCUGCGGACAUAUCUCUUCACGUAUGCGCCUUUCUAUGACACGCUGGCGAUUGAGACGCUCAGCACAAUGUUCGAGCUCGACCCAAUCAAGGUUUCUGCCGUGGUCAGCAAGAUGAUCAGCCACGAGGAACUCGCUGCUGCUCUUGAUCAGGUUACCAAGACAGUCAUCUUCCGCAAGGGUGUGGAGCUCAGCCGUCUCCAGAGCUUGGCUCUGGCUCUCUCGGACAAGGCGAGCGCUCUGAUCGAGACCAAUGAGCGCACGCUCGAGGUGAGGACGCAAGGGUCGGCGAACGCGUUCAGCAGGAAGGAUGGCAGGCAAGGCGGCCAAAGGGGCGGCGGUCAGCGGGGCGGUGGCAGGGGCGGUACACGCACCGGCGGCAAUCCCCAGCGGCAGGCUGGCGGUACGCAAUUCACGGGCGGUGCUUUGGGCGCUGCGGUGCGUGGUUAGGGCUUGGGAUGAUACUGGUGGGGGAAUACAUGGAUGACUUUCGUUUGCUUUCGCAUUUCAGGGUUGGGCAUGUUACGUAUCAAAAUUGGUCCUCGGUGUGUUUUGUGCUUCGCGCCACGGUAGACCAGGGAAUGCAGGCGAUACUACAUACUGUUUGUGAACCCCACGCGUGACUUCGGUUGUCCACUAAUCGGUUGGUUGUCCAGCUGGUGAUGCUCAAACACUGGCAGGUUGAAAAACUCACCACAACGUGGGAGUGCCGCAGUAGGAGCCGGUAGAGAAAGUGAAGGCUGUUUCACAAGUGCGGAAAACUAUGUGGCAUCGCCUGGGAAACACCACGGCCAAUCCAAAUGAAGCCCUGGAGUGGACCUCUUGGGUCUAGUUUCCUCGAGCUAUUUUUGUCUGUACUGAUUUGGUUGACCAAAGAAGAGGCUAC